AUGUUCCCAACAUACUCCUCGUCGAUAUUCCCAAAUGUGAUCUCCCCUGAAGACUGGGUUCGCUACUUCCAACCAUCGUAUUUACAGAACUUGCUAAUUAUGCUAGCACAGAAUAGUACCCAACAGAAGCCAGUCAUGUAUUCGCCAGAAGCAUCAACUUCUUCUGACACGUCUACUAGCAUCUCCUCUAAUAAGUCAUCUGAGAAGAAACGUUUUGAUUUCACACAUCUAGCCGAUUCUAUCGAACAAGAAAAGCAAGCUGUGAAAGUUGAAGAUGCUUCCGCAAAUGUCAUAACCCCUAGACGUCCAUUAAUGUUCAACCCAGGACCUUAUCAAAGACCAUGGUUUAUGAAUCCACGACCAAGAGCAAAUGGCCGAUCGUGUCGUCCCAGAAAGGAAUUUAUCUGCAGGCAUUGUGAUCGUCAGUUCUCCAAAUCAUACAACUUGUUGAUUCAUGAGAGAACUCAUACAGAUGAGCGUCCCUACCAGUGUGAUAUCUGUGAUAAACGUUUCCGUCGUCAAGAUCAUCUUAGAGACCAUAAAUACACUCACUCCAAGGAGAAGCCAUUCAAAUGUGAUAUCUGUUCUAAAGGUUUCUGCCAAGCCCGCACAUUACAGACUCAUCGAGAAGGUCAUUGUAAGAAUGAGAUGUAG